AUGGCGAUCAAGUUCUUCGAGAAAUGCCAACCGUCCGAGGCCACCGUCCGCACCGUCUCGAGAUUCUUGUACCAAGCCGAGGCACAGUUUGGCGGUGUCAUCCUUGGUAUUGUCACCUGGUAUCUGUCCCAUUGGGAAGACACCGAGAAGUACCCUGGAGCGCGUCUUGUCUUCACCGAGACAUUCGCCGGCCUUUCCAUCAUCUAUGGCUCCAUCCUCAUUUGGACAUGGAACUGGUUCCCGACAUGUUACGCUGUGAUUAACUUUGUCUUUUGCGUGGCUUUCUUCGCUGCCUAUGGUGCAACCAUUGAGUGGGACUGCGAUGAGAACUGGAUGGGUUGGAAAGUGCUCAUCGGAGAGAGUUACAAAUCGUGCUGGAAAGCAGUCGAGUCUUUCACCUUCAUCAAUGGCUUCUGCUUCCUGGUGAGCACCAUCUGCGCCCUGAAGACCACUUGGUCCGCGGAGGCACACCGUAUGCAUAUGCUAUACAGGAAGAGCUCGCAUGGCAGCAGCACUGCUCCAACUGAACAAGUCUAA